AUGACUGCCCACGUCCACCGAAGCAUCUGCAUGAGUCCCGUGCUUGCGCGCGACACGACCUGGAGCGGGCGGUCCACGGUGAGUGGAAAUGGUAUGUCUUUAUCGCCGUCAAGUAUCUUGCCCGCCUUGGCCGUUAGGAAAGUGACUUUUGGCGAGAUAGACGCCUACUUGCACCCACAUAUCUUCAUACCUUGCACGAAUCCAUGUAAUUCCGAGAAGGGUAUUUUAAUGCAAUACAACAAUACCAGCAAUAAUAACUACGACAAGUUGGCACGGCAAGCAUUUAAUGAGGAGUACUUGCUUGUCGAUGACGUCCAUCGUCCUGCCCACCCGACUACUCACGAACCCCAGUUGCACGCACAAGACAGUCCAAGCGAUGAACGCGGAACAGGCACCUGCCCGCACGGUGUCGGGACAUGCAUCGACAGUGGCCGUGCCGCCUCCGGUCCGGCGCCGUUCGCCUCGCCGCGGUCCUCGGACAAGCACGAGCGGGUCCAUCUCGCUUCCGAGCCCGUCCUCGGCCAUGCCGCCCCGGUGCCCUCGUCCCGUCUCGCGGCACCGGCACGGCCAUCGCCAGGUGUCGGUCGUGCGAAACGGCCCCCGGCGCAGAGGGUCGCCAAGCGUACCGCCGUGCUUGCGCCGUGCGGUACGCAGCCAGGUUCUCAUGAACUUGCACCGACUACCAAUGCGCAUCGACGAGCACCAGCCGCCACUUCCUGUGCACGUUUUGUGUCAAGGUGUCGUCGUGGCCAAGCGGUGGAGCAUACAUGGACGGAUUGUCCCAUCGUCGUCUUCACGCAUGCUAUCGCCUUCAUCCAUCGUCCUCUACCGCUUCCUACGCAUGUUUGA